CUCAUAAAGAAAGAGAUAACUUCUCUUCUCUGAACACUUCAGAUUCUCCCUCUGUUGAUUCUUCUCUUGGUAGUAUUAGUAGUUACUGUAUUUUGCCAACAGAAACAGCUACUUGCUUGUGUAACUGAAACGCCGUCAUUUUGGUGGAGUACCCAAUGGGGCACUGAACAAUAAAGAUUGAGGAUUUUUGGGAUUUGAAGUAAUGGGAUGGGAGCUCAGAAGAGCAUUCAUGCUGGCAAUGCCAAGAUAGACUUCAAUGUUGAUUUCACCCACAAAUUAUGUGCUGCUUUGAUGCUACAUUCUUCCAGGAAUACUGAUAGUCCUCUGUCUCUCGUUAUUGGAAGUCUUUGCAUAAAGCAUCCAAAUUUAUUUGGCAAGAGUGAGAAGCUUGAUGUUCUGUGGGAUAAAGGACUUUAUGACUCCAAUGUCUUGAUAGCUUACAGGAAGCCACGGCCCGAAUGGCUUUCUCAACAAUCCUUUUCUAUACAGCAUUCGGUUUCUCCAGAAAUUGGGGUCCAUGGUGUUCCCGUUGACAAUUACUCCCGUUCAGGGAGUGGAGGCGUGAAUCUUUGUCGCUUUUCUGCUGGUCUAGACUUAAGUGAGCCUGCAAGUUCAAAUUGGAGCAGCAAAACGAGUUUAAAGUUUGAGCAUGUACGUCCAAUUAAUGAUGAUGGCCGCUCAAUUAGCAGAGAUCUUCAUGGUUUUCCUGUGACUUGCAGUGGUGGUUGUCAUGACAGUAUGGUGGUAAUAAAGCAGGAAUCUCGAUUUGCAAAGGCCAGUGAGCACAGUUUCACUAGGUUUAAUCUGCAAAUAGAACAAGGGAUUCCUCUUCUUUCUAAGUGGCUGAUCUUCAACCGGUUCAAGUUUGUCGCAUCAAAGGGAAUCAGACUUGGGCCUGCAUUUCUUCUGACAAGCUUUACGGGUGGCUCUAUUGUUGGAGAUAUAGCUCCAUAUCAAGCUUUUGCAAUUGGAGGACUUGGUAGUGUGCGAGGAUAUGGUGAAGGUGCUGUUGGUUGUGGAAGGUCUUGUGUAGUGGCCAAUACUGAAGUGACAUUGCCUUUGAACCGGACGAUUGAAGGUGCUGUUUUCUUGGAUUGUGGAUCUGAUUUGGGUUCUGGUCGAUAUGUGCCUGGGAAUCCAGCUCUCAGGCAUGGUAAGCCAGGAAGCGGAGUCGGAGUUGGAUAUGGCCUUCGGUUCAAGUCAUCUUUAGGACAUUUCCAGGUUGAUUAUGCUGUCAAUGCAUUUCAACAGAGAACUGUGUACGUUGGCUUCAAUAGCAUUGGCUCGUAAAUAGCCUUAGUUUCACAGCUUGUCGACUUUGUGACAAAGUUGAUGUUGCCAAGGUCUCCCAGUCAAAGCUAUUCAGGCUCAGAUUCUGGUUCAGGCUAAGGGUGCUAGAAACUGCACAGCUCUAAGACAUCCUCAAAUUAUGGUUCUGUAUGUUGGAGAUUUAGAUCAUAGAGCAAAGAUCAUUGACGUGGUACAUAUCAGGAAAUUGACACAAAGGUGUAGAUUGAAACUAUAAAUUUCCAUAGUUCCCUUUCUUUGGACUUCACUUCAUGGAGAAGAGAGUUAUAGACACAUUAAUUUGAUGUUAGAGAGGGACACACACAAUGUCUUGACAAAUUUGACAUACCAGAGAGUCAGAAUGAACAGAAGUUUCCAUGGUACUGAUACUUGGGAAAUCCUUUCAACCGAUUCCAUAUGCAAUUUGAAAUUUUGGCUUUUAAGGAGAUAAACAACUUGACAAAGUUUGCCUCCUGAUAAACGAUACUAUUCUGCUUUCAAAUCUUGGAUUGAUUUGUUUGGAAUGAUUUCCUUGA